CAUGCGGUAAAUUUGGAUGAAAAUUUAUUUAACAUAAAUUAGAUCGUGAGAUCUGAGUAGCUCAUUUGGAUUUUACGACCACCUCAUCCUCUAAGGGAUUUCAUUCCAUUUGCAUAAUUAUGCAUUAGAUAACAGUGAAGGAGGCGAAAAGCAAAUGUGAAGAUGUUGCAGCGUACGAAGGCGGCGAGGAAUCGGAAAACUAGUGGACGAUGCAGUGAUGGAGAUUCCUCAGCAAAUGAGGCACCAGUUUUUGCCUCCGUGCAUCGACCACGACACAAUGGCUCGGCCACUAGAAGAGAAGUCCAGGCAAAAGCGACAGCAACUGGCGGUGGUGGGGGUGGCGUUGGUCCACAGCAACGACAGAGCUUUCAUCAGUAUCAGCAACAACGUAAAUUACAACAACAAUUGCAGCAGCAACAGCAACAACAACACCAGCAACAGCAAUCGAACGGCAAUGAAAACACGAGUGCCGCACCAAAGCACCCAAAAUCGAGUCGUAAUUGGAGUGAACAACAACAACAACAACAACAACAACAGCAAUUGCAGCGACAAUCAGCAAACUAUCAGCAGCAACAACAACUUACGGCACUCAAUACUGCAACGAAGCAAUCAUCAAUUGCGGUGGCAAUGCCGCAAUCAUUGGCGGCCGCUGAAGCAACAACAACAACAGCAGCAGCUGCAGGAGCGGCAGCCACCGAUAGCAACCAUGGCCAUAUGAGAAUGCAACAACAAAUCAAUACCAAUGGUGACAUGCAACGUGAUUUGUCGCCGACAAAGCCGAUCAGUCGUAUAACAGUGCAACAGCAACAGCAACAACCACAACCACAACAACAACACAAUUUUAAUCAAAUAUCCAAAACCGCUACAAAUCUAUUGAACGAUAUUUACGAGCGACAUCUCUUGAGUCAGACGACUUUUCGGGGCGAGCAGAGCCACGAGAGAUUGCAGCAACAGCAACAACAACACGCACAAAAAGUGCAACAGCAACAGAAACAGCAACAACAACACGCACAGAAAGUCCAGCAGCAACAGCCGCAUUUGCCGCAGAGACAUCAUCUACAGCAGCAGCAGCGUUUCUUGGUCGCACGUCAAAUGGGUGAGAAGGUGGAGCUGGAUUUUGCAAGUAACUCAGCGUGUCAACAACAACAACAUAAGCAGCUGCAACAAACUCAACAUACAUCGCCGAGACAUUUUUUAUCAGCCGGAGCGCAUCAAAUGUCGUCCGAACUGCAUGCCCCCAGCUUGCAGUACUCCGCACCGGAGACCGAGACCAACAUGUUGGCAACUUUCGUGCCCAUACAUGGCGCCAACAAGCAACAUGUUGCACAAAAACCCGUACACUUCCUAAAAUUGCCCCCACCACCAAUAGCGGCGCCACCACUACCAGCUCUGAAUUCAGCUGACUCCGCGGCUCCUUCGAAGUGCCGCAGCUAUGGAUCAUAUCAGCAACAUUUUCAGUUCUCCGAUGCCUACGUUGAACCCGUCGAUAGUCGAAAACAUUUUCUCCUGCAAUCGGAUGGAGAUACUACCUCGACGGCGAAUCCACCACCCCCGCCAGCGCCUUUCAAUCAUGUCUACGAAACAAUUAAGGAGCGGCCACCGAUGCCACCACCGAAGAAUAUGAGCGGUGGCGGCGACGAUGUAGCGCCACCAUUACCACCUUCGAGACAGCUGAGAAAACGUUUGGUCGCCGCCACAAAGUUGGCUGGUGGUAAUAAGCGUAUGACAACAACAGCAGCAGCAACAAACGCGAAUCCCAGCAAAUUGAAUGCCGUUCAGUUGGGCGAUGGCAGUGGAAAGCUCAAUAGUAAAUUGUUGCCGAUGCAACCGCCAGCAUAUGUGGCGCCACCAGCUGCUGCGGGUCGGAAGCAGGCAGAACAAAAGCUGCUGCAGCAACAACAACAAUAUAAUCCCCAGCAACGCACCAAAGCAGAUGGCGAGCAGCGUCCUUACCUCUAUCAGCAGUUGCGUGAGCAACAACAACAACAAACACAACAACAACAGCAGUCGCAUGCGACAAAGACACCAACUCAGCGUUCGCAUACGGAACAAAAGCACCAGCAGCAACAACAACUACAACAACGUCCAAAUAACACACAAAUACGCGAGCAUCCUUUGGGUGCCCAUGCGGACCAGCACAAUGCACAAAAGCCCCAUCAACAACAACACUUUGCUAAUACCAGCUUUGUUGGCCAACAAACGGGUGCCGGCCCGUCGGUCACAAAGGCUCCAGAAAUUAUGAUAGCCCAAUCGGCAAUCGCAUUAACCGCCACCAUGUCCACAACGAAAGCAACGGCGCAUGCCGGCGCAAUAGCCGAGCUCAACCCGCCGUGCGUCUCAUCCGCAGCCAUUGAUGUGUCUGAUAGCUCUGUGGAGUUGUUGUUGCAACAAGCCGGUUUACUGCAUUCGUAUGCUACCUCAUUAAUGGCGCACAACAGCGCCAAGAACAACAACAAGGCUGCAAAUACAACAACAUCUAAUAAUAAUACAACUAACCAAAUUGGCAUUGGUGGCAACAACAGCAACAACACACACCAUCAUCCGCGACCCACCGCCUUGCCAAUUGUUUUUGAAGAGGACACCGGCGAAUUUCAGGAUGUACUCGUCCUGGAAGAGGACGGCACGGCCAAACUACCAUAUCGACAUGGUAAGAUUGAAGUGCGUUUUGAGACGGCGCAGGCGAUGGCCGCGGCUGCUUAUUAUGCCAGCCUCAUUAAACAGUAUCCAGUUAUUAAGCCCGUCGCUAUGCUAAUGGAUAACCGGUAUAGAAGAAUAAGAUGUUUUGAUAUUUUCGCGUCCGGCUUCGGCCAUAGCUAUUUGGUCACGUUACACGCAAUCUCGUACAACCAUCCUGAGUCAGCUUCUCUGGUAAAAAACAGUUUGAGCAUGUACUUUGCCGUAGACAGAGGUAAGCCAGCAUCAUUUGCUAGUUCGUCCAGCAUGCAGUUGCCUGGGAAGUCCCUGUGUCCAGGUUCCCAGACAAUGGCAGUGCUACAUUUAGUUGAGAGUUUGUAG